AUGGCGCCCGCGAAUUUCGUGCUGCUCCCGCGCGACCUGCCUUGGGAGCGUGCGUACGACCGCGAGGACGCGAACGCGCCGCAGAUCGCCAAGCUGCGCCUCACGCUCCCUGCCGACUACCCCGCCGGGACCGUCCUCAAGCUGCCCAUGCCGUGUGCGUGCAGCGAGCACACGUCCCGCUUCACUAAGAUCAAAGCGGGGACCUCAGUGAUCAUCAAGUGGGACCUCGGCAUCUGCGGCCUCGCAGCGCCACCAGGUGCGGACGGGGCGGCGGCGGGGGGCGCAGAGGUGGCGGAGGCGACAGAAGCAGCACCGCCGCCGCCGGCCGGGCUGGAGAAGGGUGCGGAGUUGGCAGUGGCGGAGCCGGCGGAUGCGACGGCGCCAGGUCCGGGGACAGAAUCGCAGCUCAACUCCGAGCUCAGCAGCAGCGAGCUGAUCAGGAGCGAGCGGAGCAAGACGGGCUUCAAGUGCGUGAGCAAAACGAGUAGCGGUGCCACGCCCUACAGUGUCCAAGUGUCCCGCAAGGGCAAGACCGUCAUUCUCGGCAGCUACGCCACCGCGGAGGAGGGGGCGCGGGCCUACGCGGCGACGCCGGAGGGCAUUGCUGACCUGGCGGCAAGGGAUGCGCCGCCACCGCCGCCACAGCCGCAGCUCCCCUCCAACUCCGAGCUCAGCAGCAGCGAGCUAAUCAGGAGCGAGCGGAGCAGCACGGGCUUCAAGGGCGUGAGCAAAGUGGGCAGCGGUGCCACGCCCUACCGAGUCUCGGUGCAGCGCGGAGGCACCACCGUCACUCUCGGCUACUACUCCACCGCAGAGGAGGCGGCGCGAGUCUACGCUGCCACGCCGGAGGGCAUCGCCGACCUGGCGGCAAGGAACGCUCCGCCGACGCCUCGCCCCGCCAAGCGCGCCGCGCCACUCCCUGCCGCCGCGCCGCCAGUGCUCUUUGAUGGCGUCGAGCUCAUCACCAGCGAGCGGAGCAACUCGGGCUUCAAGUGCGUGAGCAAGCUGAACAACGGUGCCACGCCCUACUAUGUCCAAGUUUGGCGCAAGGGCACAACCGUCACUCUCGGCCGCUACGCCACUGCGGAGGAGGCGGCCCUCCGCUACGCGCGCUCGGUAGAGGGCAAGGCUGAGCUGGCGGCCAGGUCUGCAGCCAGAUCAGCGCCGCAGGCCAGCACCGCGCCCCGCAAGCGGCAGAAGGUCGAGACCGGCGCGGGCGGCGCCGCCACUUCCGCCUCAGCUGCCACCUCCCACUCCGCCGCCGCCUCCUCCACCGCCGCCGCCUCUGCGGCCGAGUUCGAGGUGGACCGCAUCCUCUCGGAGCGGCGCCGGCCGAGCGGCGGCGUCGAGUACCUCGUCGCGUGGAAGGGUUGCUAUGCCCCCUCCUGGGAGCCCGCCUCCAACUUGGCGGACGAGGACGGCGCGGUGUGCGCGGCGCUGCUGGCGUGGUGUGCGUCGCGCGUUGCGCCGCGCCAGGGCGGCCCGGCGACCGAGCUUCCGCCCCUCGGCAUGCCGGCGGCAGAGCCCCUCCCGCCCCUCGGGAUGCCGGCGGUGGUGCAGGCUCUCGAGGGGGUCGGGCUGGGCCGGUACGCGGCGGCGUUCGAGGAGCAGGGCUAUGAUGACCUCCGCUACUUGCGGACGAUGGACGCGGCGGAGCGCGCCACGGUGGCGGAGAGCGUGGGCAUGAAGCAAGGCCACGCCGACAAGUUUGUCAAGUUCGCGUUUGAGCCGGCGUAG